CUUUCCAAAGGAUUGUUCACCAAUCUGGACACCAUUAAUGGUGCCUUUUUCACUAGUUGAGCAGUCUUAGUCUUCUUCUUCUUUCAUAAAUCCAAGUUUGAGCAGUCAUGGAUUCUCAAAAAGUUUUAGCUUUCAAUGAUUUGUAUUCCAAAAGUGAUGUUGAUUAUAGAGUGAAGAAAUUUAAGCUGGAACCCUCACCUGAACUAUCCCUUCAUUUUAAGCAGGAUUUGGAGAAAGUUAAGAGUCAUACUGAAAUCAAUGGGAAACCAUCAAUUGAUUUUGAUGUUCAGAGCUCUUUGAAACAAGAGAUUCGACAACUCGAGAAACGACUAAAAGAUCAGGUAAUGGAGAGACAAGCUUUAGAAAAUGCAGUGGGAUAUCAGUCUUCUUCUUUGAAUUCUUUAAACAAUGGCUCUGCAACUAAGCCGGCCAAAGAACUUAUAAAGGAGAUCGCGACAUUAGAGGUACAAGUCAUGCAUUUGGAGCAAUAUCUGCUUUCGCUCUACCGGAAGGCAUUUGAUCAGCAGUCUAUCAGAGAGAAACCAAAGCGGCAAUUGAGACCGCUUGAAUCUAUCUCGUGUCGGAUGGAGUUGCCUCAGAGAUUACUGAAUGAAACUUCUACUUCAAUGUGCCGUGAGAAGUUAGACAGUUCAAGUGUUUAUCGUUCUCAUUCGGCACUCUCAUAUCGUUCAGCUAAGAAGCCGGCAACUCUUGCUAGAGCCCUUGACUCAUUUCAUUCUCAAUCAUUGUGUUUUCUUGAGGAUGAUCAAAGUGCCACUCAAAGGGAAACGAGUUUAGCUGAAUAUCUCGGUUCCGCUAUUGUUGAUCAUGUUCCUGAAACACCGAACAUAAUUUCUGAAAACAUGGUUCGGUGCAUGAGUGUGAUAUAUUGCAAACUUUCAGACCCUCCUCUAGUUUGUCACGGUUAUCAGUCACCUACUUCAUCGUUUUCAUCAGCUAGUGCUCUUUCUCCCCAACAUUCAGGAGAUGUAUGGAGUCCUCGUUAUCGGAAAGAGUCUAUACUUGAUUUUCGGUUAAUAAAUCCUUUCCGAGUUGAAGGCCUCAAAGAGUUCAGUGGACCUUACAAUUCAAUGGUUGAAAUUCCUUACAUUUGUAGGGACAAUUGUCGGCUCAGAGACGUCCAAGAUUUGCUUCAAAAUUAUCAAUCUCUUGUUGAUCGAUUGGAAUCAGUCAAUCUAAGACGGAUGAAAACCGAAGAAAAGCUUGCAUUUUGGAUAAAUGUACACAAUGCCAUGAUGAUGCAUGCUUACCUAGUCCAUGGAUUUCCACAUAAAAACAUAAAAAAACAAACUUUACUAGCCAAGAUCACGUAUCUCAUUGGUGGUCAUUCUGUAAGUGCCGACAGAAUUCGAGGACCUAUUCUGAGAUGUAAUUCAAAAUGUCCAAGAGAGUGGCUGAAAUUACUACUUUCUCCGAGAAUGAAAUUCAAAGUUAGAGACGAAUAUCAAGGAUACGCGCUCGAACACACGGAGCCUCUCUUAUAUUUUGCAUUGAGUUCUGGAACUCAUUCUGAUCCCGCGGUUCGAAUUUACACACCGAAAAAACUAGUAGCGCAACUACAAGUUGCAAAAUCAGAGUACAUUCGCGCAACGGUAGGCAUAAAGGACAAACACACGAUCACUCUGCCGAAGAUGCUCGACACAUACGCAAAGGAAAGUGGUUUAAAUUCACAAGCAUUGAUAGACAUGAUUCGACAAUAUCUGCCGGAGACUCUAAGAAGAGCAAUGCGGCAAUGUCGAACAGGGAGAGCUCAUAAAAUCAUCGAGUGGGUGCCUCAUAACUUUGCGUUUCGGUAUCUGCUGUCAAGAGAACUAACACAACCUGCAGUGUAAAUUUGAAAAGAAAGAUUUGUACAGAGAAUCGAGAUGAAACUAGACUUGUUUCUGCAUUUGAUUUAACUGCAAGUCAAUUAAUUUUCUCAGUUACUGUGAUUAUAUUUAAAGAAAACUUUGAAUUAUGAUGAAGAAUUUGGUACUAUUCAAUGUA